AUGGAAGCGUCGAGAGUUACCCAAAAAAAACUACCAUCACCAAUUGUAUUGGAAUUAGUUCAUUCAAGCAACCUGCAAGUAAAUCCAACUUAUUCAUGCCAGCUUUGCGGUAUGAAUUUCAUAAAAUUCGUCGAUAUGAUACUUCAUGAAAAGUUUUCAUUAGACUCAUUGGAGUGCAGGUCCAAUUAUAGUGCAUUUCACUGAAGUCUUUUGGUCAAAAAUUGUUUGAAACUUUUUGAUAAUGAGACAUUUGAUUGAAAAAAAUUAUGGAAUUUCGAUCAAAUGUCAUAAUAUUUUAAAAAAUUUUGACCAAAUGUAUUAUGUACAUCAUCAAAAUCUGACAUGGAGCCAACUCAUUGGAAUGCGCUCGUGAUGAAAAUGCGGUCUCACUAUCAGGAUCAGCAUUUUGGCAAACCGAAGAAACAAUUUCUAAUGUUAGCAACCUUCAAGUAGAAAUUUCUGGUCAAAUUUCCACAGAAACUAUAAAAGAAAGUAAGGCUAACUUCUGUUCAGCCUGUAACAAGUGAUUUUCAACUUAUAAAGGAUUUAAGCAACAUCAAGGAAAAAUUCACCGCGUUGGAAGACGAGCAUCAAAAUGUGAAGCGUGCUUGAAAAGAUUUAAAAAUAAGUAUGCACUUAAAAUGCAUCUUAUGCAAGUGCAUGAAAAAUCGACCCAAGUUGCCUGCGAGAAAUGUGGUAAGUUCCUUUAUAAUAAAUAUCACUUAAAAGCUCACCUCGAAAAAGAUCACUAGCUUCCCACAUGGUUAGGGAGUAAAUUUUUUAACUAAUUUUUUUGGAUUUAUAGAGUUAAAUUUGUGAAUAUAUAAAUUAAUAAAAAAUGUAUAAUAUUUUUUUUUUGGUACGUACUCUAUUUAAUAUAAAUAGCUGAAGAUCUCAUUUUGAUAAUAAUAGUUAUACCAAAAAUUUAUGAUAAAACCUCCUGCUUAUUGGCUUGCUUCCACAUGCAAAAGAUUUUUCAACGUGUGGAACAGAAACCUACACGUGGAAGGCUAUAAGAAAUUAUAGCAAAGAAGUAUAGCAUUUUUUCAAUGAUUUAAUCCAAUAAAGGGGAGUAA